AUGAUGGAGGAAGAGCUUAAGAAUGAAAGAGCAAGUAGUGCGAUGAGAAGUAACCAAGUUGAUGAAGCAACAGAAGCUUUGGAAAAAGAGAAAAAAGAGCAUGAGGAAACACAAAGGAGACUCGAAGAAAUAACUCGUAAAAACGAAGCUCUGAUCGAGAAUUACAGAAAAGGUGUGGCGUUUAAGACUGAAAUUGAAAGUUGAAAGAAGAGCUAUCAUAUCAACACCUGUUAACGGAAAACACUUUUGGUAGUUCAAAGGAAACAAUGUUUUUCUUAGUCCACGCUCGUAAGAAAGAUAAUAUCUUUCCUUAGAAAAACCAUAUUGUCAGGAAUGGGUAAUUUGAUUCAUGUCUAAGAGGUGUACAGUUUGUUUCUCUUGCAGAAGGAGAAGUUAUAGAGAAAGAGCUGAUCAACGAAAAAGAAGGAUGCGUGAAGUUAAAGAAACAAGUUCUUGAAAUGAAAGAAGCUUUUGAGAAAAAGCAGCAAGAGAAUAAAGAAAAGCAGAAAAUAAUCGAAGAACUUGGGAGACAACAAGAGAAACUAGAUGCUGAAAGCAAAGCAGAAAUUAAGAAGCUGUCAGGUAAAGAAAGAGACACUUUUUCUAAUACUGGAUGUGUACCCUGAAUAGAAGUUUUAGUUUAUCGAAUCGAAAAGGGAUUGCAAUUGCUGCAUUUUAUUUCAAAUUGUCAACGAAACUUGUGAUAUAGAGAAGCUAAAUAUUACAGAAAAUUGGGCAUAACAUUUGACUCGGUCUCACAAAGCCUGAAAGAGGCUCUCAUCACCCCCGAGCACAGGCAGGUAACUAUACGAACAGUCAGGGAAGGAAUGAUUCUCGUAAGUUAUUUGCUGCAAUCCGAUUGCAGAAAAGACUGAAGUUAUUUCUUAAAUUUCAGCUUGCCUGUGAGGAUCAUUUUAACCGCAACUUAGGUCACUGUAUGAUUUAAUUCAUUAAAAUUGUGAUGAGAUUCCUCUGCGGGAACGCGGAAUUCACUGAAAGAUGUCUGGCUUCCAACAUGUGGCUUCGUUGCUCGGUUGGUAGUUGCGCCCAACCAGAAUCCGGGAGGGUUCGAAUCCUGUUAAGGCUUGAAUUUGUCAGGCCUCUAGUAUGUAAUUACUUAAAUUGCAGUUAGCCUGCGACAAUCGUUCAGAUUUACUUCGAGAGAUCUCGUUUUUCCUCCGUUUCGUCCACCAAUUAUGAAUUUGCUUGUUUUUAAAGAGAAGAAUAACUCGUAUCAGGAAAAAAUUAAAGGCCUGAACUCUGAGCUCAAAAAUCUUAAAAAGGAAUCAGAUAAGAAGGAGAAAGAGAAAAAGGAACAGAAGUCAAAGCUUAAUGCGAAAGAGCAAGAAUUAGCCAAGCUGAAAGACCAGUUAAAGAAAGAAGAAUCGGAAAAUAAAAAAGUUUCUGAAGAAGUUGAAAAACUUAAAGAAGAUAAUGACCAGUUGAGGAAAGAUUUGGAUGCCGAAAAGAAGAAGCUGGAAGAAACAGAGGAGGAGUUGCGGGCAGAGACUAAAGCUAAGGGAGAUGCCUUGAAUGAACUGGAGAAAUUGAGAGAAGGGUGCGGACGUAAGUAACCUGUUUUUAGUAAGCGCACGUUCAUUGAAGGGCUACGGAUCUUCACGAACACUGUGUCUAAUUUUAAUCUAUUUUUUUUAGGGACCUCUUCACUAGCAUUUUAAAUCCAAGAAUUAAUAAAUAUCUAACUUUUCCUUAUAAUAUCAAUGGAUUAUCCCGCAAAUAUUGAUGGUCGAAAUUUUUGGAGUUAGGCUAUUCUAAAGAGUUUCAAGUUGCCUAAGACCGCGAAAUCGGAAGGUGUGAGGUUCAAAUUCCAGUCCAGAGUGGGACUAAGAUUUGUUUCUUUGUUCCAAGCUCGUGAAAAAUGUAAAAGAUUAUUCUUCAGGUUCUUCAUCAUUUAACUUUCAUCUUUUCUACAAUGUUAUUACUUCCAUCACUGGGUGACUAACCUACUUCUUUGACCAUAGGAGCAGCUGAAAAAUAACUGGAUUUCUUGCUCCGCGUAUCUGAAGUAUUUGAAGAAUAAUCUAUCGGUUGAUUGAUUGAUCUGUCAAUGCUCUCAGCUUGAGAAGUCACGGCAAGCGUAGAGUGCUUUUACCUCAGAACAACCUGACAACAAAGGAGUUUAUCUUACUUUCUGGUGUCCACUCGGGAAACAUUUAUUCGCCUAAGUUUGUUUUUAUUUAUGCAGGUGUUUUUAACUAUAAAAGAGAUUUUGACCGAUGUGGAGUUAUCUAUGCGAUGGGAAUGAAUUUCGGAGCUAAUCGGCGUUGGGUAAAUCCCAGCAAGAGUGGUCUAUCCACAAGAGUAAGUGCCUCAAGAUCAUCUGACGAAGUAGGCUCGGCAACUGAUCUGCUUGAACGUUGUCAUAAACAGGGGAAGAUAAGCGGUACCAAAAACGUGAAGGAAUCAUGGUGGUGUGUUGCCUUGAGCGAGAAAUACUCAUUGUAUCUCACACAUUAUACUCUAAGACACGGUCUGGACAACGGUGGCUCAUUCCUCCGUAAUUGGCAGCUCGAAGGGUCGUUUGACGGGUCUACCUGGGAAGUGUUAAAGAAACACCAUAAUGAUAGCAAGCUAUGUGAACCCUCUUCGUAUACCGCUACCUGGCCGAUUGAAGGAGAAGUUGGAGCUUAUCGGUUUUUUCGAGUUGUUCAGAAAGGAAAGAAUUCCUCGAACGAAUAUGGUAUUUACCUAUCUGGGAUUGAACUGUACGGUGUACUUAUGAAAGGUUACAAUAGUUAACAAGUAUGCCAGUAAUUCAAGAAGGUUGAAGAACCUAAGGAUUCGGAAAGCUUUGGGCAUUUUCAAUUUUUUGAUAUUACUUUUUUCAUUGGAAAGUCACCUCUAUUCAAGGAACAUCUUAGUCUCAUUUCAAAAAGUUUAGACGUUGUUUAACAAAACCAUGUCCUAAAAAAUCCUCGAUUUAACGGAACCUUUUAUCCGUACAUUUAUUUUUGUGAACAGCGUCAAGAGGGCCGAAAAAGGGCAUUUAAUCAGUUAAUUAACACUCCUCUAGAGAGAGCCUGAGGCCCACUGAUUGCGUAAAAGUGUGACUUAGGUUAGACCUCGGUCCCCUUAAAAACGAACUUAAACUUGGAAUAAGUAAUUUGCAAACUUACGCGGCAAGAGACUACGUUCUACAUGAUGAAGGUGUUGGGGGAGGGGAGUGGGAGGGGGGUAUAAUCUUCCAACCAUCGAUCAUUGAAAAGAAACUCAUAUUUAACACUGUUUCUACCCGAGGAGGUCUUCUGUGCAGUAUUAAGGCGAGGAAUAAAACGAUAAUCUUAUGGUUAUUUUCUUACUACGAAUUUGGUGUCUUCUUAUCUGACGGCUUUAGUCUGAUUUCAAGGGCCUAAUUCCCUGUCUUUCAAGUAGAACAUUCCCAAGGGAUAGCAGUAUUCCUUUUAUACCUCAUCUAAAUUACGAGGAUGCUAUCAAACCUUCGUAACUCAGUGAAGCUUUUACUUUUACAGUCGCAAAGAAAAAGAAAAAAAAAUAUCAGUACUAAUGGGAAUCUGUGUCUAUAAAUAACAAACGAUUUCAUUAUAACGCACCCUCCGAUCAGUUGAAAUGGCAGUACAGAGGCACCUCACCCAAAUUGAACUCGAAGAUUCUCUAUAGCCCAAACAAGAGCGCAAAUGACGAACUAUCUUUAGGCGAUAACGUGGACUUCUGCAGCUGCUGCUCCUACUGCUACUGCUACUACUGCUACUACUGCUGCUACUACUACCGCUACUACUGCUGUUGCUGCUGCUGCUUCUGCUGCUGCUGUUGCUGCUGCUGUUGCUGUUGCUGCUGCUGCUGCUGCUACUGCUGCUGCUACUGCUACUGCUACUUCUACUACUAA